AUGUUUAUACUAACUGUCGGCAUCCUAGCUUUGCUUGCCUUUGUGGAUUUGCUUGCCUUUCCGGAUUUUCUCUCUAUCCAACGCUGUGCGAGAGCAACUCCGGGCUUCCUGAACUCUUUCCAUCCGUGCACUUGGGGUAUGCCAUCCAUAAGCCCACAUAUAAUCAACUAUACUACUUCGGGCGUCGCGGUUGCAAAGUAUAACAAUAUUCGUUUCGCCCAUCUUCCAGUUCCAGAGGGCAUCAAGGAGGGGGACAAUGUGCCGGUAAUCCACUGGGUCUUCGGAGGCUCAUAUUCCUUUGGGAGCAAGGAUGCGGGAGAUGGUACAGUCAAUCCGGAAGGGUUGUUUGAUAUGUUUCAUCAAAGUCACGAGAAGUUUAUCUUUGUUAUCAGCAACUACCGACUAGGCCUUUACGGGUGGAUGUCUAGCCCGAAGGAAGACAUGACUGCAAAUGUCGGGCUACAUGAUGCCUUUGCUGGGCUAAAUUGGACAAAGAAAUAUAUAUCUAGAUUUGGUGGUGACCCAGAAAGAAUUACUAUUGCUGGACAAAGUGCUGGAGGAGGUAUAGUCACUUUGAUGCUGACUGCUUAUGGCGGCGCUAGCGAGCUUCCGUUCUCCCAGGCAAUAGUGCUAUCUCCAGAUCUAAUGCCUCGAAGAGAUGUAGCUUUGCAAAGAGAGGACGUCUAUAAUGAAGUUCUAAAGGUUACUAACUGCGCCAAUCUCGCCUGUUUAAGGACCGCUUCAUCUGAUGUCCUUAAAAUAGCAAACCAUCGUUUGAUAGUUGAAACACCUAUAGGACCUGGAGAGAUGUGUUUUGGCCCUGGUAUCGGCUUCGCACCUUUUGUGGAUGGGGAUAUUAUUCCGGAAGCACCUAUUAUACUCUUUGAGCAAGGGAAAUUCAAUAAAAAGGUACAGCGAGUUAUUACGGGUAAUACCCCUCUUGAAGGGAAGGGUAUGACUAUGGAUAGUGACAUGCCAGAGGCGUUCCCCAAGCUAGUUCGGUUUUACUUUCCCACUGCAGGUGACGAGACGAUACGUCGCAUUAAGAAGCUGUUUCCUUUCCCAGCAGACGAACCAAAACGCCUUGCUUGGGACUGGAUUACCUCUGUUGUAUUUGCUUGCCAUGCCUCGAGUCUUGCGAAAGCGUACGGAGACAAUGGAUAUCGGUUUGUGAUGAGUAUUCCACCUGGAACCCACGGCCUAGAUUUAUCCUACUUCUUCUUCGUGAAUAAUGAGACGACGCCAGUAGCGAGUCCCGAUGUUGUCCGACAAACCCAGAUAUAUCUUCACCAAUUUCUCUACGGAGAAUCUAUCUGGCCGCCAUAUAGCCCACGGUUCCGCAUCAUGGAUAUUGUUGAACAUGGAUUCGAAUUCAAAACUGAUCCCUGGGUAGCAAAUCAGAUUUGCCCGACCUUGUUCGAUAUUAUCAAGGAUGCCGAAAAUGCUAACUAG